GAACUACGAACAAUUUGAUCUACUAGAACCUAAAAGUAAAAUCGCGUAAAAUGCCGCUGUUUUUUCGAUAAAUUCAUUAUCUUCUAUUUGAUAUAGUUACAAUGGGUUAUUACGUAUUGGUUUAAUAUUCUAAACUCUUAAGUUUGGCGAACAAAUUACUCGUAUUGUGCUUAUAAAUCACACAAUUUAAAGUGCGAAACUGCGAAAAUUGAGGUUAAAAUUACCGCAAUGGCUAACCAAGAAAUAACUUUUGAAAUACAAGAUUUUUCCGUAAUUAAAGAAAAAAUUAUUAAAACAAACGAAUUAUUAUUGUUGUUUAAAGAAAAAAGCGAUAAGCUUGGUAAAGCUACACAAGCAUUUAGGAACGUUAAACUCAAAUAUGAAGCAAGUAAUAACGAGCUUAAUAAACUAAAGAUAGAAAUUGAGCGACUGAAUUUCGUUAUUGUAUCAACUAAGCCACAAUAUGAAAAAGACAAGGAAGAGUUAACUCAAUUGAGAUCUGAAUAUGCCAAUUUGAAAGAUAAAUAUGAACAUACUCUGAUAGAUUCCCAGUUAGCAAUUGGAAAAUUAGAAGAAUCUUUAAAAAAUUGUACUUGCGAAUCUGAGAUAGUUGUGUCAGCAUUAAAAAGUCCAACUAGUAAAGUUAAAGAUUUAAAAAAACUUUGCAGGGAGUUAAGACAUAUUGAAAAAGACCUAAAAAUCAAAAAUGGAUUGUUAAUAGAAAAAAACGAGGAUUUAGUAGAAAGACAAUGUAAAAUAGAGAAGAAUUUACAAGAAACAAAAUCAAGAAAUGAAGAACUACAGACUCAAAUCAUAUUUUUGCAGAAUAAGAUUAAUGAAAUGGACAUUUGUUUAGUUGAAAUGAAGGAAACUAAAUAUUCUGGUGAGUCAAUAAAAGAAAAAUAUGAACAUGAAAUACAGACCAUAAAUCUUGAAGUAUCCAAAUUAAGAGAUGUCACUGAGAAAUAUAAUUUAUUAGAAAUUGAAUGUGACAAAUUAAAGCAACAAAUAAUCAAUAAAAACAUAUGCAACACUGAAAAGAGAGACUUUUGUGUACAAACUGAUGACAACUUUAAUAACAUCACAAAAAUUAAUGAAAUGGACAUUCGUAUAGUUGAAAUGAAGGAAACUAAAUAUUCUGGUGAGUCAAUAACAGAAAAAUAUGAACAUGAAAUACAGGCUCUAAAUCUUGAAGUAUCCAAAUUAAGAAAUGUCACUGAGAAAUAUCAUUUAUUGGAAAUUGAAUGUGAAAAAUUAAAGCAGCAAAUAAUCCACAAAAACUUAUGCAACAUUGAAAAAAGAGACUUUUGUGUACAAACGGAUGACAACUUUAAUAACAUCACAAAAAUUAAUGAAAUGGACAUUCGUUUAGUGGCAAUGAAGGAAAGUAAUUAUUCUUGGGAGUCAAUAAAAGAAAAAUAUGAACAGACUUUAAAUCUUGAAGUAUCUAAAUUAAGAGAUGUCACUGAGAAAUAUCAUUUAUUAGAAAUUGAAUGUGACAAAUUAAAGCAACAAAUUAUCCAUAAAAAAAUAUGCAACCUUGAAAAGAGAGACUUUUGUGUACAAACUGAUGACAAUUUCAAUAAUAUUACAAAAGUUAUGAAAAAAGACUCUGGUAUUCAAGUUGAUAUUCCACUGUACAUAGAAAACUCUCUUAAUAUUGAUGAUGAACCAGAGGGUGGAAUAGAAGUAAUAUUUAAAGAAAUGAUUUUGCCUAAAGCUUUAUCUCCAAUAACAUUUUUAGAAGAUGAACUUGUAUUAGUAAAUGACAUUCAACCCUUACAAUUAAGUUCUAAACGUAGUAUAGAAAGAGAUAAAGAAAUACCAAAUAUUAUUGUUACACCACCUACUCCUUGUGUAGAGAAAAACUACCCUAUAGAAAUGUUAAGCAAUAUUGGGGACAAAAUUCAAAGCAGUGCAAUGUUUGAUUUUAAUAAUGAUUCAAAACUAGAUGAACAUCCUUCUCAUAAUGACGAAAAUAAUAAAAGGACAAAUGAUGCUUUGACAAGGGACGAUAACGUAGAAAAUAAACCAUUAAAUAAUAUACAUGAUUAUAAAAACAAACUAAACACUAAAAAGCUAAAAAGAAGGAGGAAAUUUUGGAUUCCUUUUAAUACUGGUGUAUUUGUAAAAGCUAGGAAAAGAAAUUUGAAAUAUAUAAAGCCAUCAAAGGAGAAGUGUGGUAUGCAAAAUAUAGAUCAGUCAGAUACAAUUCUAAAGGCCUUACGUGCAUUACAGCAAAACAAUAUAGCCUUUACCAUUUCAAAUGACUCUGCACCUGUUAUGGAAAGAAAUAGAUGGUGCUUAAAUAGCACUAUAAUUUCAGAUCUUUCUAAAAAUGAAGGCGAAGUUUUUCAGGAAGAAAUUUGUUGCUGGAACACUAAUUGUUUAAAAGAAAAUAAUUAUGUUCUUCUAAGGAAAGUUUCUUACGAAUCUGAACCUGAAUUUUUAGGAUUCUUUAGUGGUGGAUUUAAAAAUAAUACUGUCGACAAAAAUAAUGUUAGUACUGAAAAUCUAAUGAAAGAAUUGUUAAACGGUGUUCAGAAGCUUGUGCAGAACCAAGAAGAAAAAAGAACAUUUGAAAGUUGCAGAAAAAAAAGGUCAAAAUUAAAAUCAGAAUUUAAUUUUACUUCUGAGACUGAGACUGAAAUAGAAAGGUUAUUUAAAAGAUCUUCAGAUAUUUUAAGUAGAAACAAAAAACUUCUAGCUGCUGCGAAAAGACAAAAUUAUGAUUCAGCAGGUGAAUCAAACUUUGAAAGCGAAUCAGAAGUGAUUGUGGAUUCAGGGUUGGUUACUGCAACAUCUAAAAAUGAUACAGAUGAGCUAGAAGAAUGUACUUGGGAGUCUGAUAUAGGUAUACCUCGGAUAAAGCCUCACAGUAGUAGUUCACCUAACUUUGUACAUGAUUUUAUGAUCAAGAAUAAUCCUGUAAAAGUUGAGUAUUUGAUUGAUAAAGUUCCUAGUAUGUUAAGCCCUAUUGCAUCAUCAAAAGGUAGUCCCGAAAAAGCAUUAUUUAGAGCAGAAACCCCUGAUAAUUCUCCUAAUUAUUGGCCAUUGAAUUUUUCUGAUACUAUUUCUCAAACAAAUUGUUCAAAAAUUAAUAUGUUAACUCCUGAUAGAAAACAUACAGCAGAUUUAAAAAGUAUUUCAGUAAUGAGUACACCAGAAGUAUGUAAUUUAUAUUCAAAUUUAAAUGAACAAAAUACAAGGAAUCAUGAUAAUUACUCAUAUGAAUCAAGCAUUCAAGAUGAAUCCAGAAUUAAUUUAUCUAUACAAACAGCAGAUUUAAAUUAUAGCUUAAAAGAUAUUAAUAUUUCUCAAUUAGAAUGUUCUCCAUUGACAUGCGAAAAUGAAAAUAGGUCUGAAGAUAGUGGGAAGUCACAAGGUGUUGAGAGGAGAAGACAUUCUUCAAGAGUUCGUAAAGCACCAGAAAGAUUUGUUAGUUUUAUACCUUUAAGUGCUAAAAAACAAGAUUCUCCAAAGUUAGAUGGAUUGGAUUCUAGAACUUUUGCAGCAAAAAGAAAAAUCAGACUGUCUGAUGAUAAAAGCAAUGAUAAAAAGGUAAAAAGAAAAAAGGGAUGUCCAAGAAAAUCUGAACAGGAAAAUAAAAAUCUUGAGAUAUCUGAUACAAUGCCUGAUACUGAAAAGGAACAAAAUAAUUUGCCCACCACCAUUCCAAUUAAUAGUAUCAACAGUGAUGUUUCAACUGUUGUACUACAUGAUUCUCAAAACAUAAUCUAUAAUAAUAUUACAGAGAGUGAGGAUCAUAGAAUUGAUAAUACAUUUAAGGAAGUACAAAUAGAUGAUUGCAAAGAUGGAAAUGUAUUGAAUAAUUGUGAUAGUAGCUUAAGAUAUGAAAAUAAUAUCAUAGGAAAAGGUGAUUCUAGUGGUUUGAAAGGUAUUCAUGGAAACACAAGAUUUGAAAUAGGGAAAAGGGAAAUCAGAAAUGACCUACUAGGGGAAGAGGAGAAUCAGAAUGUAAUAUGUAAAAGUAAUUUAUCAGAAUAUGACAAUGCAUCUAAAACUGGCACUAAAUUAAAUAUAGUUCAGAUAUCUAACUCCAAUAUGGCUUUGAAUAGUUAUAAUGAUUGUAAUUAUGAAUAUAAAAGUAGUUUAGGUAAUAUUUGUGAUAAUAGCUUAAGCACCAAAAAGAUUUUGUCAAAGAAGGAUCUUUUUGGAGAAGAUAUAUCCGACAGUAGCGACAGCGAAGGUUCUGAGCACAAAGAAAUUCAGAGUACUCAGAAAAUUGCAAAAGGAAAAAUAAAACCCAAUUUAAAAAGGAAAAUAUUGAACAACAUUAGAGGCAUUCCAUAUUUACAAAGUAAAUGUAAUGCAGCUAUUAAUAAAACUAAAUCUUCAGCUAAUUACGAGAGAGCUAAGAAAAAUAUGGAUUCUAAUAAAAAAAUUAAUAUUAUUCAAAAUAUUUUAAUUUCAAGUGGUAAAGUUAUAAAUAGACAAUCAAAUUCUGAAUGUGAUAUCAAUGAAGUAUCAUGUUUAAAAAAGCCUUCAAAGAUAAUCAAUGCUGAUGUAGAAGUUGGAGGUGUUGAAUUGUCAAGUUUCAGCACCAAGAAAAAAAAAAUUGAGUCAAAACUGAGUAGCAACAACACGCCUGAUGACAUUUUGACCAGAGUUAUGCAAGAUAUGAGGAAGAACAAUUGCAAGUCACAGAAUGAAACCACGUCUUCAUCACCAGAUAAUUUGAAAUCCGAAGUGCGAAUGGAUACAAGAAUCGAGGCACAACCAGAAAAAAACGAAACAGAAAUUGAGGAAAUUCCAGAUUGUCCAAAAUCGCCUGAUAUAAUGGAAGUUCCUUCCAGUCAGACACCGAAAUUAAUACCUAUAAAUAAGCCAUUACAAUUACCGCCUAGUAAAGUUAAAAUACUCAUUGAUAAGCUAAUGUUCUUUUCCAAUGAGGAGAAAAUACUCAAUGAAAUUGCCCUUGAAUUUGCUUAUCAAGAUGUAAAAUAUUUAGUAGAGAUAGUAUUAAGUAAAUUAUCAACGGAUUACCAUGACAAAGCUGAUAAUUUGUAUCCCCCAAGUCCAGCUAUGACACCUACUCAACGUAUAAUGUUAGGGUUUUUGACCAAGUUGGACAAAACAACUCAUCCUGGUAUAUUAAUUCAGUUCCUUGAUGGCGCUGAAGAGAUGCUUUUUAAUAGAAACCGUUCUAGUAUUGAAAUUGUUCAACCCAUAGCCCGCUUAUAUACCGCCAUAUGCAAACUAAAAAAGGAUAUCAAUAGAAUGAGGAGGUUCAUUUGUGAAGGAUUUUAUUUUAUGGGAAAUCUUGGUCCGCCAAUUCUUUUCACAGUAUUGACAAUAUGGGCAGAAGUUUUACCGAUGGAGUCUGAAGUGUCAGAUCACAAUCUUAUAGCUAAAGUAAUAGUUCAGCUUUGCUAUUUAAAAGGUUUGAAUGAACCGGGGUACAAUUUUGCCCCAUUGAAGGACUUAUUACAGAAAUAUUUUGGAUAUCCUCGUGAGCGAUAUAGUUGUGAAGACAUUUUUCGAGAUAUACUAGUAGAAUAUAUCAGAUGUCCCUCCAAAAGGUUAUCUGACUUUACUUUGCUAGUAUUUCUUAAAAAUAAACCGACAGGAUGGGUUCACCAAAAGAUAAAAGAUAGUCUUCUUCCGUUGUUCGAUCAAAUACCUGAUUCAAAUGUAAAUUUAAAAGGAACGAUAUUAAUAUUACUUGCAAAUAUAUGUUGCGGACUGAACAAAUAUGAGACAGAAGAUUGGAAAGUGAUAUCAGAAAUGGACCAGUGGUUGGAAAAUCUUGGUAAUGGUGAUUUAGAUCCAGUUACAAGAAGAAGCAUCAAAUAUGCUCGAGGUAUUUUACCUAGAAAAUCUGAGAAGAAGAAAAAUCAGAAGACGUCUAAAGAACUGGAACUUAAUAAAAACUUAAAUUUAAGGGAAAGUAGUAGCAAUAAAGACUAGUUACUAAAUUAUUGUUGGUUAAGUAAACACAAAACAAUAUGUGAUUUAAUUGUAAAUUUUAGAUUACCAAAGUGAAAAUUCUAACAUUACUUAGCGUUUAUGUACCAUUGUAUAUAUUACUCAAUUUCAAAAAAAAUAUAUACCUAAGUUUCU